AUGAAUCCCCAGGACUACCAGAUGAAUCCCCAGGACUACCCGGUCACUCACUUCUGGGACGAGGGUCUUAACGACGUCGUGCCUCGUUACUCCCAAGACAUUGACAUUGAUUGGGAGAGCGAGGAUAUCCAAAACCAAUUCAGCGAGAUGGUCUCCAGCCUGUCUAAUUCGACCUCCCCACAAGGUUUGGACGGAACUGUCACCUCUGGUAUCGUCCAAGGCGCCGGAGUAUACGCCAAUGAAUCAGGCCCAGCAGGAGGCAUGGACGCCAGCAACAGCGGUGGAUUUAACUUCCAAGAGCAAAUGCCAUAUUCAAUUGACCCUGCUCUUCUCCCCGCUCCUGUCCCUGUCCCUCCUGGGCCCUUCUUCGCGCCCGAAACUCCCGCCGCCGACAGCAUAUUCGCUCUGGAAUUCGACGAGGAUUUCGGCGACGGCAAUGUCGUUAGAGACGUCCUCGGCCCAAACAAUCAGGACGCAAGAGUCCAGAAAAGAGGAAAGGGCAACGGCAAAGCCAAAGCCCCGCGCAGGCCAAAGGGGGCCACGCCAGACAAGCCUGCUCGCGCCGUCAGGGCCUUCUCCUGCAAGUCGUGCCGCAGGAAGAAGACAAAGUGCGACGGGAGCCCCGGCCACGCCUGUUCCAAGUGCCAAAAGAGCGGAACGGCGUGCGAGAUUGACGGGAGAGAUGGCCGCACCAGCAAGACCACCAUCGACAAGUACGAGAGCCUUCGUGUUGCCCUCAACGCCCAUCUCGUCAGGCUCGCUCAGAUCUGCCACCACUUCCGUCAGAAGUGUAACGGGCCAGAAGAACUCGGCCAAGUCGCGGCUGGAGCCGCUGCAACUCUUGAAGUUCACCGCAGAAGGGGCAUCCCGAUCGAGCCCUGGCGAAUUCAGGAUAUCCUGCGUACAAGCGAUCCUUCGACGAACCAGCUUCCGGGAUACCGAAGUCGCUUGGUACAAGUCGGUCAGCAGGCCAAGCAAAUGACGAACACUCUGACCAAGCUCAUGGUGAUGCUCACGCAACAAGACUACUAUCUCUGGUGUGAUGGCUGCCGCUUGACCGACGAACUAUUCGACAGCAAUCCGGAUCUCCCCAGUUUCGACGCCAAGAUCAACGCUGUGUUCGUUACGGACAUGCAGGACUACAUCUACAAAGUCCUGGCAGAUGAGGUCGAUGGGAUCAUUGCCCAACACCUUUAA